AUGGAGCACCACCCCAAGGGCCAGCGGGACACCCCAGCCCUCACGCAGGCAGCCGCCGAGCUCCUGAAUCUCAUCGGGCCGGAGGAGCUGGAGCGCUGCCUGUUCACUGAGAGGCUGGAAGUGGUGGCAGCAGGGGAUGAGCCGAGGGACCAGGCUGCAGGGGACCAGCCAGGGGACCAGACUAUGGGCCAGUGGUGGGCAGCAGCCCAAUGGGCACCCUACAAGCAGGCAGGCAAGCCGAUGCGGAGCUGCCUCCUGGUGCGAGCUGGCUUCCGUGUCAGGCGGGAUGGCGUGCCCUGCUCCAGCACCCUCAAAGCCUAUGUGACCCCGCUGCUUGAGACCCUGGAGCAGGAGGAGCAGGAGCGUCUGGAGCUCAGAGCACAUCUGGUAGAGAGGAGGAUCCAUAUGGUGUACCACGAGCACGGCAUGACUGUCACUAGGACGCUCCAGGAAGGAGAAGAAGAACCACAGACUCGGAGCUUUUACUACCUCCGGGCUGAGCUGCAGGGGGUGAUGCCAGAAGGUGCCAGCAUCCUGCUGCUGCGGGUGCUGGCGUGCCAGCAGGCUGUGCCCGCUGGCCUCGUCUUCCCGACCAUCGACACCGAGGGCCAACUCUGCACCUCCAGCUACCGUGCCCUGGGCAUCCAGCAGCAGGCAGUGGGCUCAGCAGAGGCAGAGGUGUUUGUGAUGGAGCGAGCUGUGCACACCAGGGCAGGCACCUCCACCAUCUGGCACAGCAGCUUCCUCCCCAGCGGGCGUUUGGUCCGACGGAUGCAGGUCGGCUCCCCAAUGCUGGUGCUUCUGCAGAAUGAGUCUGCCCUUGGUGAAACAAGUGAGGUCGAGCCCCAGCCUCCCUCUCCCAAACGGCCCCUGGACUGGGAGGAGGACAUCCAGCUUUAUUCCUGGUUCCUGAACAGGAAGGAGGAGCUGGAAGCAUCCCAUACUGAAUACCUCGAGCAGCACCCCGAGUUCUGGGCAGUGCUGAGCGACUUCAUCCAGGCCGUGCUUCUGCGGCAGCCCUGCGACCUCAUCUCCUUUGCCGCCCAAUUCUUUGCCCCAUUCAAUCGCCAGCGCCCUCCUGGGACCCGCUUUGCCUGUGCCAGAGUUGCCAGACCCCCUCUCCGCGGUCCCCUGCCUCACCACCCUCCAGCUAAGGGGGAAUAAAGCUGUCAGUG